AACACAACAUGACAGACGAAAGCAUAUUUGCAUGGCAGAACAACAAGAAGCCAUUGCCGAUUGUAAGAAAAACGCUGGAAAACAAAAGAAAGAUGAGCAAGAUAGAAGGAAAAAUUAAUAAAACAUUAUUCGCUUGAAAUUUCAUUCAUAUUUAAAAACUGUUCUGUUGCUAAUAUACAAGAUCUAUUUCCACGCGAAAGACAAUGCGUGCAGAAAGGUUGUCAUCAAAAGGAAAAUCUUACUAUAAAAUGUUCUCAUUUAAAUAGGUUUUAAAUGGGCAUGGUCAGGAAAUUGGGGGUGCUCGAAUCAUUAAAAAUCGUAGCUUGUUUUAAAUUAUAGAUAUUUUCGAGACAGAUAGAAAAUUCAAUGCUUGAGUCAAUUAAAAACAAAAGCGUAUCCAUAAUUAAAAUAUACAAGUUUUAAAAAGUUAAUGCUUAAAUUUUCCAGUGCAAAGCAGUUCUGCAAACACAUUUAUAUUAAAAACAGGAGGUUUAUAAAUAUUAUUUGAUUUUGUUUUUAAUUUUUCUCCUGCAAUAGGAUUUCUUCACAUCCGCAGGUUUCCAAAUUUUUGGUCACCUUCCUCGACUUUUUUUUGCUUCUACAACCUUCUUCCGACCUAAAUAUAUCUGUCGAAACUAUUUACAAAAUACUCAAUUCAAAAUAUACUGAGGCUAUAAAACACUAAAACUGAACUGCCUGUUUCUCUUCUCAAAACAUCGAAUAGGCAGAAGUCUAUUUAAUUUUCUAAGCCUAAGCUAUGGAACGAAUUGAGCACAGAUGUCAAACAUGCUUUUUCCCUUUUAUUUUAAAUUUGGCAUGGACAUUCCUUUCUGGUUGUUUUAAUAACUUGUAAUUAGUUGUUUAGUAGCAUUUUUAGAUGCCCUCUGCUCUGUAAAGCAGUCUCGACAGAAAUUACCGUAGUAAAAUUAUACAAAAAUAAAGUGAAAAUGAUGCAGCUUUGCAACGCAAGAGCCUGGGGACAAUUAUCCCAAAGUUCGUUAGAAAGAAUACCACUUCACUAGAAUUCAAAAACGGGAAACGAGUAUGCAGGGAAUUGAAGAAAAUUACAAUGGCGUAAUAGAAUGCUUUUUAUCGCUGGUAGAAUCUUCUGUUAGACGAAGCGAGCGAAUGCUUGCAGAUUUUUUUUGUCAUCAUACAUCAUAAUACAAUUUGUUAUGCACGAUUGCCCAUUCAGUAGGCCCAGUUCUGGUUUACAACGAGCAAUGCAUCCUAAUUACUAGAAAGAGUAAGUAGAAUAGAAACAUACAAUAAGUCUGACAUUAUGUACCCUGCCUUGCUCUACCAUACCAUGUUAAUUUUAAUAUAUUGUAAUAUUGUAACAUUUCCUCUAUUAAUUCCCUUUGUAUGUCAAGUUUUAUUUAUAAUAUUUACAAUCUUUUGCGUUCGGAUGAUCUGAUUUUUGUGCAUUUGCUUUCUGGGCAAUCUUUAAAGGCCUCUUGAAAAAUCCCAGAAAACUGUAAAAAUGUGCAAGUAGAUUCUUAACAACAAGUUAGCCCAUACAAAGUAAAGUAACCUACAUUGCUGACCCCUAACUAUUUUCACAUAUUUUUUAACUGUUCAUCUCUUUACAUUGGCCAUCAUAUUUUAAUUACACCUACUUGGAGAAAAAUUUUCGAUCGAGAUAAACAUCCACUGAGCAAGAUAGCUAUUGAUAAAUCAUACAAGCAAACUCUCCUAUGGCUGCAUUACAUAGCACAGACGGGACGUUCAUCUUUAUGGAUGUGCUAGUGGUCUGUGCAUGCCUGUAUCAGCGACAAUAACCAUUCAGAACGCAAAAUGUCUAUCUUAUAUAUUUAUUUGUCCUUAGAAGUAAAACACAGAGUUUUUAACUUUAUUGUUCUUUUUCAAGUUUUUUCUUCAAGAGUUGAUAGAUCCCUCUCCAAUCUUACUCAGUUAAUGUUGGUGUUCCACAAGGUGAUAUCAUCUCUCCUAUUUUUUUCAUCCUCUUCACCAAUAGCCUCUUUUCUUUUAUCGCAAUAAGGUAGUCAAUCUUUUGGUGAUAAAGCUCAUCUGAGCUUUUCUUUCAUUUACAGCAUUAUCCUUUUGUGGACACUCCGGUUGAAAAAUACAGCUCCGUCUCGAUUUUCAUUGAUGAUCUGUCAAUUGGCGGUAGAGACAAUCUGUUUAGGCUCAAUCAAAGUAAAACAAGCCAGGUUGCAAUAUUUGGGAUGGAUGUUUCUGACUUUCUUCAUGUUUCCGUGACUGGUACCGAUUUACUUCUACUCUGCUUCAACAUUUUGUUUUUUCUGUUUCAUCCAAUCUUACCUUUCACACUUCUUCUAUUGCUGAAUAAACAGCACAAAAUCUUUGUUUCGGUUAUUUUCAUACUCUCUUAUUUUCAUACUUCAAUAACAUGUAGCUAUUUAAAAUUUUUAAUCUCCUUAUUUGUUUAUAGCAUGUCACUUAUAAAAAAGAAAAUUCAACAACCUCACCGCUUUUUUUCUCUUUUGCCUUUGGGUUUUGCUCCACAUGCCUUUAAGUCUGUGUACCUUUAAAUCCAGCAACUUCAAGAAAGUAUUUCAAUCUUGUAUUUCAAUUGGUCUGGGAAAAGCUACUUUUACGUUGAUUCGUUUAGACCAGGCUCCUCUUACUUGAAAGCAUGCUAACAGUACUGACACCCUGGCUUCGAGAAAACCUUCUUCUCGGAUGAUCAAAACCGGAGCAAGAUAUUCAAACUAUUAUGUAAACGCAAAAAUGGAUUAAGCCUAGUUCUUUUCUGCCACGAAUGGGCGCUCCCGAUGAGGCAGAAAUAAGCUGCCACAUCUGUGGACUGUGCAAUGUUGAUAAAUAUCCUGUCGAGAUGUAGAGAUUUCAAUAUUAUAAAAUGCACUCUUUUUUAUAAGAACAAUUUUAUAAGAACAUGAGCCUCAAAAUUGGUCAAAAGUUAAAAACAAAUUAAGAACAAGCUGAGGCCGAGAUUCUGCAAAAUGCAAUUUUGAACAACGUUUUUUCUCAAAAUCGAGGAUUUUUAGCAAUGUGUGGGUUUUUUCGGUGAAUAUUCAAAUUUGUCUCACUCACUUUGUUGGCAAAUGAGGCCUGAACACCACCCUAGAGUUGAAAAGCUAGCCAUCGCACUGCGUACACCCUAUCAAUUUGAGAACAAAUUAAGAACAAUCCAGGCUCAGAUUUUUGAAAAAAUGUAGAACAGUCAGCCUGAACUUAAAUUUUCUGGUUCUUAUAAAAAAAGAGUGUAGACCAUAUUCCUACUCCUCAUCGACCAUGCCUUCACCAUGACACCCACUUACAUCAUUUACGGCAUCACCUACCACAGGGCAUUCCCUUCACUAUUGUAUGAAUGUUAAUUUGUAUAAAGUCAGUCAGGUCAGUUCAGAUCAGAUCAGAGUUAUAUAUCAACACAAUGUCUCUCUCACUGGCUCCGUGUUAUCUGCACGUUAAUAAAGACUGGAACAAACAUCAACGAUGGAAAGUCAAAGGAAUCAUAUAGGAACCAAUCAACACCAAAAGUCGUUCUUAUACAGACAGUCCACGCAGAGGCCUGGGUCUUAUCACCAGAUUCUGGUGGAAACUGUGAACAAGAUAUUUAUCAAUAUUGCACAGUCCAUUAAUGAAGCAGCAUUUGUGGACUGGGGCACAGGUUUUCUCGUUAAGGCUAAUUAGUUUUAAUAAAAUUCACCACAUAGACCUAAGUAGUUCUAUUUUUAUUGCAAUUCCAGUAAAAAAUGACCCACACAACAUCAUCAUUAAAUUGUGGAUAAAAAAUUGAGUAUAAGGCUUAAGGUCUAAAUUUAUGAAAUGCCUUUAAAAUCGAAAGGCUGCGUUUUGUGUUUUGUUCCUCGCAAGCAAAUAUGGGGUCUAGUACCAAUUUUCGUAAGCUUUAUAAUCAGCUUUUUUAUAUUCAAUGGACUUUCAAAAGGGUUUCGAUAGGAAACAAGUUGGCACAAUACGUAGCGGAUAAAUCAUUCACAGUAGGUGAUUAUCAUAAAACGUUUUUAGCCAAUUACAAUGAACUUGACCGUAAAAUCGAGUUGUGCAGAACGUCACGACUUUGAUGAGACAAUAGAAAAGACUUUCGCUCUAUCGAAAAGAUCUUAAUCUCCACAUCACCAAUAUAAAACAACAACUAGACCAUGAUCAACAGUGUGAACUGAUGUCGACAAGCAAAAGUCUAUGUUUCGAUGGAAAACGAUGCCAUUUCAAGCUUGUUUACCAGUCUCUACUUCUGACUCAAAUUUCAUGUGGUAUAUGUGGAUGCUCUCAUUGAUUUUCACUUUAAAGAUGUUCUCAUUGUUCCUACAUUGAUGCCAAGGUUCAGUAAACCCAGCGUUUAGAUAUAUUUUCUAUUUCGCAUGCAUUGAAGGGACAUUUUAAAGUUGUCUAUACGCAAAAAGAUAAUCAUGGAAAGAAUAAAAGAAAACAAGGAUAAGCUCAAGGGCAGUAAGAGGCAUAGAAAGCUAAGCAUAGUGGAAAUAAUUGAAGGCCCUAGAAGGUACAAAAGAGAAAUGCUCAGGGCAUUGAGAAAAGAUGCAUUGAAAGGAAAAACGGAGAGUAGCCUUGAUGUCAAAAACACAGAGAAGAAAAUGGCUGAAGCUGACAAAGAAACAGGCCAAAAUAAGAAAGAAGGGCAAUUAAAGGACAAAGCUGAAAAGAAACUAGUUAGCAAAGGAUGCGAGUUGGUUGAAGAAACUGGCAGUACUGAAGAAAACAAGCUUUUAUCAUCAGCAGCCAUGACGGGUAAAAGUCAUGCUGAAAUGGUCAGUUUAUAUACGAAAAAGCAGAUUCCUCAUGCAGAGAACCCAGAGUUUCUCAAAGAAGAAGAUACAUGUGAAAAAUCCAGUCAACAGGUUGACUAUAGUGUUGAACUUAAAGAAGAAAGGGAGGGAGGCUUGCAGACCAGGUCCCGAACUUUAAGAGAGAAUCGCAGAAGACGUUGGUCACAUUCUUUAAAACAACUCUUACAGGAAGAUGAUGAACGGAAAGCAAACUUAGAAGCUCGUUUUUUAAGUCGUAAAUUAUCAAGCUCAGAGACAAGUAAUAUCCUUUACGGAAAUGUAGAUUUAAGGAACACACAUUCGUUGGAUGAUCUCGAAAUUGAGCUGGGAAAGCUACAAGCGAACAUUUUCAAGUUUAAUGAUGAGAUUCUUGAAAUUAAGGCAAGGCUAGAAGGGUUUAUAUUACAUACGAAUGAAAUUGCAACACAGGAUAAUGCGUGAACUGAUCUAGACGCAAACAAAACAGUCUGUGUUUUAUAUCAAGGAAUAAUAUAUACAGAA